CAACAGGCUGGUUGCUCAAAUAGUAAUGAUGAUAAAUCAACAAUUCAGCCAUCAUUUAUCACUGGUGGAACUCUGAGGCCAUACCAGUUAAAAGGCCUAGCUUGGCUUAAGGUCAGUUCUGUAUGCAAGUAAAUUUUACACAUUUAAGAAUAUAAUAUAUUUAAUUUUUAAAUGUUAGUGUUAACUGGGCUUUUCCAGUAGCUAGGCAUUGUUCUUGCGAUGGUGCAUUUAACUUACUCUUGUGAUGCUCAUUUCCCUUAUGUUGGCUGUUUGGUCAGCAACAAAUAGAAUAAUUAUUGGCCAUAUUACAGCAGUAAGAUAAGUAUAUCAUUUUAUGUAGACAUGUAUAUUCACUCCCCUUGCCACCCUUUGUUAGACAAGAUGCAGAAAGUUUAUGAAGUCUGAGGAGAAUCACUUAUUGUCUGAUUUUUUCUACACAGGUUCUGUAUGAAAAUGGAAUGAAUGGUAUUUUAGCUGAUGAAAUGGGCCUUGGAAAAACAUUGCAGUGUAUAUCAAUGCUGGCUUUUUUAGUUGAAAUGGGUGUCAAAGGACCUUUCCUCAUUGCUGCUCCUCUUUCCACUCUGCCUAACUGGGUGCACGAGUUUCACAAAUUUGCUCCAAAGGUGUGAUUUUAUCAUUUUGAAACAAUAGAAAAUUAAAAGAAUAGGACUUUCGGGGAUUUAAUUUUAUGUAAAUAUUAAUGUUUUACUGGAGAAUUUUCUCUUUGAGUAUCACUCUUAGCUGAGAGUUGGCAUUUCAUUAUCUUGUGUACCGUAAGCGCGGAGAGGUGGCUGUGAUACUUACAAUAUAAUAGGAAUUUUUUUGGUAGUGAGGUGUAUAUUAAUAUGGUAAAAUUGAAAGCUCUUUUGUCUACCCAUCAGAUUCCUGUUAUACUUUAUCAUGGAUCACAGGAAGAGCGUCUCCGUAUGCGCUCCAAGUUGGAAAAGCCAGUGACAGUUGAAGGCAAUAUCUCAGCUUUUCCUGUAGUUGUUACAUCUUACGAAAUUUGUAUGAGAGAUCAGAAAAGCAUGUAUUCACUGGACUGGAAAUACAUCAUUGUUGAUGAAGGCCAUCGCAUUAAAAACCUCAACUGCAAACUUAUUAGGUAUUAAUGACUUAAUGUAAUAUGUUGGGCAUACAUGUGAUAAAUUUUAUUAUAAAGAUCAAAGGUGAGCCAGAAACAUUGACACAUCAGGCAGGCAUGUAGCUACAUUAAAAUUCAGCUGCUGGUAAAAGGAGCUUAUUGCUGCCUUAAACUAGAAGGGAAAGACAUGGGACAAUUCUGAAGGUGCAGUUUAGUAAAAAUUUAAUGUACAAGGAUCACCACAGGUGAUGAUUGCUAAUUGCUAUAGAGAACACGCCCCUUUCGGGCUAGCCUUCCACGGGUGUAGUGUAUCGGCUUUCAGAUCCCUCCACGUUAGCUUUGAGCAAGACAUCGUUUACCCACCCACUCCACCCUUGGCGGUUUUUUUAAUUGACCUCUCGCCAGCGUCUCGUUCUGCUAGUCAAUGAACUGUUUUGCCCAAACAUUGUAGUCUGUGUUUUAUAUUACAAGUAAUUAGUUGGCUAGAAUAGAAAUACGCCUGCUUAGCUUUUCCUUAGCCACAUCCCUGUUCAGGUGUAGGGUGGGGUAUUGUCCAUUCUUUAAAGUUUUCAGUUAUUCUUUCUUUGAACAGAGAACUGAAGACAUACAAGGCUGCAAACCGUCUACUUCUGACAGGCACUCCAUUGCAGAACAACCUUUCAGAGUUGUGGUCUUUGCUGAACUUUCUCCUGCCAGACAUUUUUGAUGACCUAGAAAGGUGAAUUUUGUUUGUUUGCUUUUUCACUCAGGAGAUGGUAUUAUUUGAGGCUUUAUUUGUUUCGACAGUACAUAUACAGUAUAGUGAUGUUGGGAAAUUUAUUCUUAGGAUUAACGCAUGUUUUGUCAUCUGUUAGUUUUCAGCGGUGGUUUGAUUUUAGUGCCAUCAAUGAAGAUGGUGGAAGUGAACGAAUAAUUGAACAGGAGAGGGAGCAUCAAGUGUUAGAGCGGCUUCAUGCUGUAAGAAUGUUACUUCACAGUUCAUUUGUAAGGGUGUUGCUUGAUUAAAAUUGUAAUUUAGUUGUAAAUGAGAGAAUAGUAUGAACAAGUUCUUCAGGUAAGUGUUGACUGUUUGCUUUUGAUCAGUCAAUUCAAAGCGAAAGUUAUAAAAGUCAAGUUAGUAAACGAGCUCUAGUCCUUGCCCUCAAGGACUCAAAGACUUGAGAUAAAUCAAUUGGUAAAUCAAUUAGUGUAAAAUUAAUAUACAUGAUGCCAGCAGGCCGGUUACACGUGAUUAGAGAUGCAAGAGGAUAUAGUGAUGUGGUUUCCUUUCUGGUUACCAGUAAGACCCUACUUAUGUGAAAACAUGAAGCAGUAUUAAUGUGCCACAAUUAGUCAUGUAAAUUCUGUGCAGCUGGGUCUGAAAAAUUACAUCCUAUAGGUUCUAAGCGGAGAGGGUAAUUGUUAUUAAUCUUACUGGUGUUAGUUAAUAGUCUUGUUUUUUACUCGUCAGAUUCUCACACCAUUCCUACUGAGACGCCUCAAGACAGAUGUGGAAUUGUCCUUGCCACCAAAGAAGGAGGUCUUGGUCUAUGCACCACUGACACAAAAACAGGAGACGUUCUACAAAGCUGCCUUAGACAGAACACUUCUUGACAUUGUGGGUAACAAGAAGGUAAAAUUUUUCCUAUUUCUAAGCAAGAAGAAAGAAAUAGAUCAAUUAUUGUGAUGGUCACAGUCGUUUUAGUCCGUUGGUCACAUUGGUAGGUGGGUUAGUUUUCGGCCUUGUGGUAGUUGUGGUUGUCAUGCUCCUUGGCAUCAUGGGCAUUGUAGUCCCUGUUGUGGUGGUGGUGGUCUUUUUGGGCAUUUUGGUCUUUGUAGUCAUUGUGGUCCAUAUAGUUGUCUUGCACAGUACACUGUAGAGAAAAGGAGGAAUGACAAUGGCAUUUUAUUAAUAUUAUUGUUUAAUAAUAAUAAUAAUAAUAAUAAUAAUAUUAAUUUAAUAAAACAAUGAUUAGUUAUAAGUAACGAAAUUUUCAUUACGUAUAAAGCAAAUUUGUACAAGUAUAUGAUCAAAUGGGUAUUAAAUGGAUAAUGUAUGUUAUCCCUUGUCUCCUUCAAGGAAAAUGAUGACCCAGUGGAACUUAGUGGUACAGGCAGACCAAAGAGAAAGGGGAGGCAAGAUAUCAGUUACAAGCUUUUUUUCAGUGAAAAUGAGGAUGACGAAGAGUUGCAGGACUUCUUGAAAAAACGUGAUGGCAGGUUUGUUACCUAUUUUGUGGACCCUUGUAUCUUAAUAAAAAUAAAUAUCAUUCUUGCAGUUUACCUCUUGGUUUAAAAGAAGCAAUGCAAACAAAGGNUGAUGACCCAGUGGAACUUAGUGGUACAGGCAGACCAAAGAGAAAGGGGAGGCAAGAUAUCAGUUACAAGCUUUUUUUCAGUGAAAAUGAGGAUGACGAAGAGUUGCAGGACUUCUUGAAAAAACGUGAUGGCAGGUUUGUUACCUAUUUUGUGGACCCUUGUAUCUUAAUAAAAAUAAAUAUCAUUCUUGCAGUUUACCUCUUGGUUUAAAAGAAGCAAUGCAAACAAAGGAAUCCGUUAGAUCACUCCUUUGACAAUUUAUUUAAUUCUACGUUGGAACCUUAAUGUCGUAAGCCAAGGACCUGGGACCUGGGACCUGGACUAUUAACAGGGUUUUCAUUAAAAAUUCCAGCAGCAGGAGAAAGGUGUAACAUCGCAGGAGAAUAUUUUGAAAGAGGCUCUAUGUCUGAAUAAAAAAUAGUUAUAGGCUACAGAACGUUAGCUGGACAAUUCUGCGUAACAAACAAAGAAUUCUCAGAUUUCUCAUGCCUACUGAACACCCGAUUAAAGGUCUUUUUCACACGUUUACAAUGUGUACUUUAUGUAGUUGGAGUGAAAGACUUAAUUUGUCCAUUACGCUGGGCUCUUGGUCAUUAAGGGGCUCAUUAUGUCAGGAUUCCAUUCAAUAUUAUAAGGUACCUUGCUCAGCUGCCAAAUUAAUGCAAGAAUGGGUACAGUACUGUAAAUUAGUUUCUAAACAUUUCGGAUUCAAUGUUCAUCAUCCAGAAAUGUUUUUUUGUUGACAGGAAUUCCCCUUGCGUAAGUGCACCAAGAUCAGUUGUAAAUGUCCGCAUGACAAACAUCUUAAUGCUUUUGAGGAAGUGCUGUAACCACCCAUAUCUGUUGGAAUGCCCUCUAGAGGAAGGAACACUCCUACGUAGGGUGGAUGAGGAAAUAGUGACCAGCAGUGGCAAGAUGCUGCUUCUUGAUCGUAUGUUGCCAGUCCUUAAAAAGAGAGGGCACAAGGUAUGUGCAAAUGUACUUACACUGUAGUUGUUGCUUUACAAUCAUUUAUUGCAUUACCUGCAAUGCAUUCCAUUUUAGCCCCCCCCCGUCUUUACAACUGUACUUCUUCUUUCCUGUGCCAGGGAUUGGGAAGGCCAUGCACCACGUGCAUAUAGCACAAGAAGGUAGAAAGUGUUACAUUAUAACACUGCCAACCGAGCCCAGUAUGCGCCCUGGUUGUGUAAUUAGUGAUAUGCACUACAAUCUGUGUAUUAAUUUUGUGUUACAACAUAGAAAAACAUCAAAUAUCAACCUUUGUCUUUGUUUCUUCGAUAGAUGAUCUUUCGUCUUUAUUUAUUUUCAUCUGACGAACUUCUUUCUUCAUUGUUUUCGUCUUUCUGGCUGAAAUUAAUUCAUUUGCAUUUGAAUUAGUGAGAUAACGCCUCUGAAGAAAGUUCCUAAAUUAGAUUUUCAAGUUUUUAUUUAAGGUGAAUUUAAACACCGAGUCGGCCAACAACAACAGCAAUGAUGUGACUGACAAAUUUGAAGGUCCAUCUGGCGAAACAAGUAAGCCCUCCACACUCUCCAGGCCUGCAUUUAACAAAGACAGGAUAUUCCAGUCAAAGUGGCUGACUUUUUGGCUGUCAUUUUGGCUAGUGUUUGAAAGAGAUGCCAUGUUUUGUAAAACUUGCCUUGCACACGGUAAACUUACUCAUGUAAAGCACAUAAAAAAUACAAGUAAGCCCUCCACACUCUCCAGGCCUGCAUUUAACAAAGACAGGAUAUUCCAGUCAAAGUGGCUGACUUUUUGGCUGUCACUUUGGCUAGUGUUUGAAAGAGAUGCCAUGUUUUGUAAAACUUGCCUUGCACACGGUAAACUUACUCAUGUAAAGCACAUAAAAAAUACACAAAGUAUUGUACACACUUCCUUGAAUUGCACAUAUCAUUUCCGUCUUCCUUUUUAUCUGGCCUACCCCAUGACUUUAAUGGCCCAUACUUUCACGAAAUGGCCCCAUAACUUUUCAAAGUCAGGGGCCAUUGGCCCAUUUGUCUAUUUUGCCUUCCCAAUCCCUGCCAUACUUUUGAAAGUAUACCUUUAGAUAACCCUUUCCUCCUCAAAUGGUUACUGGCUUAGUCUUGAUAUGGAGAGUGUGUUAAGAAGAGAUUUUAUUUUUAUCUGUUUUGUCUAUGUACUGUAGGUGUUAAUUUUCUCUCAAAUGACCAGCAUGAUGGACAUAAUAGAAGACUACUGUAUUUUGAGAAAUUAUGGCUACUCUAGGCUGGAUGGGUCCAUGAAAGUGACAGACAGACAGGAUGAGGUCUGUACAUACAAAACUGUAAUAAUUAUGAUUACACAGUAGAACCCCAGGAACAGGGUGCAAAGAAAGUCACUUUUACAGCUUGCCUUUCGGGCAAGCUGAAGCUAACAUUUACUAGCCCAAGCAUCAUUUCAGCUAGCUCCAAAAACGUUUUGAUGAGCAGAUUGAUUUCACGGUUCUUCUGUAGUUUUGAAUUCCUCAAAAAACUUCACUUGCCUGUUGGGGAAGUUAAUAACAUCAUUCUCUAGCCCGAUAGCAAAAUCCACUAGCCCCGGGCUAUCGGGCACUACUUUCUUUGCUCACUGCCCGGUAACUCAAACUCUGAAAGGAAACGAAAAACAGUUUGAGUUAUCUGAGAAUGAGUUUUUGGGGUUCCACUGUAUUUACAAAGAUUCUUUCUUCUCUAAAACUUUUUGGUUAAUAAUAUGCUUUGGCAUUUACAUACAUUGUAACAGCAUUAUGAAUGAUAUUAUAAAAAAGUGACCAGCUUAUGGUUGCUCAUAAAAGUUUUCAACCAUAAGUUUUGGAUACAUCAAACUUUUUUGUAUGUUUCUACUCGACUGUGAUUCAAAAUUGUUACUGUGAUACUUAUAGGAGGACAUAGACACAACUGCAAAAUCAAUUUUCUUUUCUUUUCUGAACUUGCCAGCAGUCCCUAGCUAUAUAGCAUUUCAUCUCCAGGAAAAUUUGCCCAUAUUUGGUGAAUAUUUUCCAUUUUAUUUCUUUGUUUCUUUCACUAUUGCAUUGUUGUGGCUGCGUAACUAGUUAAUGGUACAAAACAAAUCGCCAAUCAAUGGAUGGCCACAAACCUCAUAAUAAUAAAUAAUAAAUUAUUAAUGGUUGUCAUAACAGUCAAACCAAGAAAACCGAAAACACCAGAAAUAUUUCUGGAAUGUUAUUGUGUUGCAAGAAGAAAGCCAAUCAGGCAUGAGAAAACUGAACCGCAAGCAAGAAGGUUAAUUAGUUUGUGGUUUUGUGGCUAGUUCACAUGUCCCGAUCUUUGCUGUGAUUGGUCAUAACAAAAUAAAAAUUCCUGAGAUUUUGGAAGUGUUCAGGCUAUAAACUGUCCCAUAAAAGAUAAAAUGUACUUACUUUGUUUUCGUACUUACUUUGUUUUAGAUAAAGAAAUUUGAAUCAGAUCCAUCAGUUUUUAUAUUUAUGCUGAGCACCAGAGCUGGUGGACUUGGACUUAACUUGGCUGUGGCUGACACUGCAAUUAUCUAUGACAGUGAUUGGGUGAGUUGCCAGCUUCAAACAAUAAUUGUUUGAAUUAAAUGACGAUAAUUAUUAUAGUCAUUUUGGAAAUGUGCACAUAGGCUCUGAUUGGGAAGUGUGAUGACAACAUGUUAUGAUGAUUAUUAUUUAUGCUCAUGUUAUGGUUAUGUUAAAGGUUUGGUUGAACCCUUUGCAAUCAAGUCGGAUGAAAUUAUAAUGAUUGUAUGUACUAAGAUUUACAUGCCAGGGGCUGGGCUGAGCUCUAGCAGAACCUGGUGGCGCCUGUAAUCGGGUGACUAGAAAAUCUCAGUUUUUUCAUACAAAUCACAUGCUUGGCACCCUAGAUUUUACAGGUUUAGAGCACCGGGCUCCCCUCAAUUUUCCUUAGAGCACAGCCUUGAAUGCUCUCAUUUUUCAGUGUUCUGUUUAUUUUUUGCUGGUCCUGGACUUAGAUUUACAGAGAUAUUUACUUUGGCAAAUAGUCUUUCCUGAAAUGCACUAACAUUCUGGAUGUUAAAAAGAAAUGAGCCGUAACAUGUAACUAUUAAGCUUGCAGAAAAUGUACAGUUUGUAGGCGGGUAAUCAGUUAUUAAAGCUACAAGCACUAGCGCAAUUCCACACAAAGACGAUCCUAAAGGGUGGAUGAUACCUUAAGCCUUUGAUGGCACUGUACUAAGAUAAGAUUUGAUUUUUAGAAUCCACAGGUAGACUUGCAAGCUCAAGAUCGUUGUCACAGGAUUGGUCAAACUAAGCCUGUUGUUGUGUAUCGCUUUGUCACUGCAAACACUGUGGAUCAAAAGAUUGUUGAACGAGCAUCCACCAAGAGGAAACUUGAAAAGAUGAUCAUUCACAAAGGUCGGUAGAGUACUUGAUGGGAAGAGUGAUUUGCCACUGAAAUGUUAAUUAAUUUUUGACUUGUUGUCAGACUCUAUACUAACUUUAUGGGAUCAUCAUUAUGUGUCUGGGAAACUGCCCACCCACCCCUCCCCUAAGCCAACAUUUUGCCUGAAGUGUGAAGUAAUUGUUAAUCUUCGCUUGAGGCAGGGUAGGUGGGCAGUUUCCCAGAAACGUAGAACGAUCCCACUGUGCAACCCCCUUCUUCUCAACUCAGGGAAUAACAGAGAGGAGAAGAAAAUUUUGUUCUCAAAUUUGACUGCUAACACUAUGGAUAGAACUACAGCUGUAUAUAAACAAACUAUGAUAAGCAGCUAACUUAGAUGCCUGUCUGAAAGAUAAUUAAACUUACUGCUCUUAUUCAUGCAUACUGUACCUGUUUGAAUUAGUUCUUGUUGACGUUGUGUAAAGCCUCAUUCCGAUGAGCAAGGUUUCCUUGUGAAUAUACCUUGCUCAGGUUAAGUGGAAACUUUGACAACCUUUCUGCUGACAAGAUAAAAAACACAAGUUUUCCCAUUUACAUGACCAAGAGAACUUGCUCUUACAAUAAAUGGAGCCGGCGUUCAAGAUUCUCUUGUACAUAUUUUGAUCAAUCCAUACGAAUUCACGUGUGCGAAAAUUCGGCAGCAGAAAAGUGGUCAUCUGUGAAAUUGCAAAAGGAACAUGGGUUUCUAAAACAGAACCUGACUGAAGACCUAAAUGAAGUGGUGGGUGGAUUUUUUGGGUUGCAGGCAAAUUUAAGGGCAAGCAAGACACAGAAGUGAUUGGUGCCAAAGAACUUCAUGAACUGCUGACGUCAGGAGAUCAUGAUAGCAUAGUGUCCAGUGAUGGACUGAUGAUGAGCAACAAAGAUUUAGAGGCUCUACUGGACAGAAGCGAUCUGCAAUGUAAAGGAGCUGCAAGCAAAAAGGGCAAACAACUAUCCAAACAAAAUAGCAAAAACUCUGAAUUUUUUCGUGUUGUUGAGGAUGCACCAGAUCCGUCAUGA